AUGCGCUUAGGUCAAGGUUUCAAUUCAUACACGCAGCAAAUUUGCAUUGAUGACGCCGUCGUCAUUGAUCCAGACCGCGUUGACAACUCCGUCACCAACGAUGGUUUCACAAUGCGCGAACUUCGCCAUGCCAUUGGUGCCCGAGCUGGCGGCGAUGAUUAUGAUGAUGAAGAAGACUAUGGAAAUGAGAUAGACGCUCUUCCGAUACCUUCUUCUCUGCCAACAAUUGAAGCAACAGGAGCUGAGGUGACAGCAGAUGGGACAGGUACUACGCCCAAGCCUGCUGAUGCAACUACAAAGGCGCUCGACACUAUCGCAAUUCAGCUGCGUGAGGAUGCCAAGACAGUCGAGAAGCUUGUUGCAGAUGUGGCCUCGCUUGAGACGCUGAUAGAAGAAGCUGUUGAUCCUGCUAGUGCUGAUACAAAGCGCAAUAUUCUUCUGCUUGAGAAAAAGCGUAUGCGCUUGGCACGCAUUAAGACCAAUGGUACUGGUCUGAAGGGUAAGAAGCUUCGAGGUUCAAUCAAAGCGCUGUCACAACGAGGGCCAAGCCAGAUUGUCACCUACAGCUCACGAUUCGUGAACAAGAUCAGUGAGAUUACAGAUGACAUGAACAUCUCAGGCUCUUUAUCCAUCAAAUACGGCUCGAUUGGCGGUGCAGGAAAAGGCUCAUUCGUGGACUCGGAUAAGUUCAAAGAGAGUGAUCUCAAUUUCUUCAUCAGCGUCAAGGUGAUUAACCAGAGCAUCAACAUCAAAGACGCCCUCGUUUUUCAGGGACUUCCUUCAGUGGACCAGUCAAACUUCCGAAGCGUCUUUGGAGAUUGUUACAUUGCUGGCUUCUUGGAAGGUGGCGAGUUUAACGCCCUGGUCAGCAUGAAGGUAGUUAACAAGGCCAAGGCUAUGAGUAUCAAGGCCGAGGCAGAGGUGGCUUUAAGUGUUGGUGCAGUCGAUUUGAAAGCAACUGCUAAAGUUGACAUCGAUAAAUCCAAUUUCUCCUCCCAGACAGAAACGACAAUCCAAGUCGGCUGGUCUGGUGGCGGUCACAUCAAACCUAUGGACCAGCCUUGGACAAUCCAGUCGCUGAUGGAAACGGCUGCCAGAUUUCCCGACCUUGUGGCCAGUACACCUCAACGUACUUAUGCCAUAUUGACCAAAUACGAGUCGCUUCGAAGCUUCAUGGCUCUGAAACCUCCAGCACUCACACCCAUGUACUACGAGAAUGCCUCAAUUUACACCAAUGCUCUCCUUGAUGCGUACAUGGACUACAAGAAUAUCUACCGCACCAUCGGUACUCAGCUUAGUGACAUUCAAGCCGGCAAUAAGAGACUGCAAGCAUGGGAUGCCAAGGUGACAGAAUUCACCACAAACGAUAAAAUCGGCGAGAACUUGUAUGAACAUCCCUUUGAGGCGACAAAUAAAGGCCUUGACCUUGCUCGUCGUUCAUGUCGUUUCCAGAUGAUCAAGAUAGUCAACGAGGUUGAUGCUGUGGAAAAGAACCCAGCUAUAGCUGCCAACGAGAAACGACCCGAGGCAUACCAAAGCACUAUCGUUUUCCGCGAGCGCAUGCCCGUUGUGGUUAACAAAGAGAAGUUACCUCAUCUCAAAAUCUUUGGUACUGAAGAAGCUCCGCCGAAGUUGAUUGAAGCUACAAAUGGCGAUGGUAUGCAGGAAGCAGAAAUUACCAAGGCCAAUAGUUACUUGGAGACGCAGCCUGAUGUGGGUGUGUCGAUGAGACUAGCUCCUUUAGUGGGCUCUCCCUUUGGUGGCAUGUUCUGUAACCUGGACUUUGUCAAGGCCGACUUUAGUCUCAGAACAGUCACUGUCGAAGUGGAAAAGGGUGUCGUUGUAGCCAUCAGUGUUCGAUACGCCAACGGUCUGCAGGCUACCAUGGGUACACCAGGAGGAAGUCAUAAAGUGUCGCUUACACUACGACCAUCAGACGGCCAAAAGAUCACAGCUUGCUCGAUUGAGACAGGUCGGCGAAAGGGUAGCCCUGACGCUACGACACGUAUCACGGCUCUUCGUUUGUACACUAACCGAGGUCCUGACCUAGAAGGCCAUGCGAAGGAUUGGGUCCAGGCAAAUGGUGAAACGGGGUUGAGAGAUGGCUUCGAGUUUGAGGGUCUCAAACUUGUUCAUUUCGAUCCUCUUCUCGUUAACGCUCACGUCAAGGGUUUCUGGGGGCAUGCCCAGACAAGUAAUACUGGUAUCAACCCCACAAGCGGUGUCUACCGUUUGGGACCCAUCUGGGGCAACAGAGAGGAUACUUCUGAAUCGGCUGAUUCGUCGAUGGAAGCUGAUAUGUCGCUUGUUCGCACACAACCAGAGCAACAUCUGAUCAAUUGUCGCGAACGCCUCAAUUGGGAGGGUGGAGUUGCCGGACGUAGUGCCAUCCUCGAACAAUCCUUCUACAAGCCUCUUCCAUUUAUACCCACCGUCAUAUACGGCUUCCGACACAUUGACAUUGCUCAUACGGACUCUCCUCGUGUUGCUCUUACUCUACCGUCGGUCUCCGAGUGGGGAUUCUCCUUGGGCCUAAAAUCUUACCUCCACCCUACGUGGAAUCUGGAAGCCAAUGUCAUGGUUCUCCCGAAUGGAGUGUUCCCCUUCCAGCAUGGCAUCGUGGAUGCAAGUGACAACCCAGGCGGCCGCAAGGCAACGGAAAAUGCAUCCAUUCAUGUUACCUUUGCCAAACCAUUUGCCAAGACUCCCAAGGUUGCCGUAUGGUUUACAGAGAUAAUCCAACCCAAGGGCCACCGCAGCCUCAAGACGUAUGUCGCCGAUGUUAGUCCCACGGGCAUGCGAAUCAACAUCGAAACGUGGGCCGGACGCGAAUUUGAUAAUGCUCGGGUCGCGUACCUGGCUUAUCCAGAUGGAAGUGACGCUAUCAAGGGAGGAGUUUCAUACUUUGUGCCCAAAGAGGAUUGGAGGGAUACGGAAUGGCCUGGCAGAGCUUUCAAGAAGGAGCCGAAUGUUUUCACUGCCAUCAAUUAUAUUGAUAUUGGGCUGAGCCAGAGCACACUUGACAUUCUGGUGACGCAUCAGAGUGCGACGAGUACGAAGUUGAGACAUUGUGGCUGGUCAUCUGAUGGGACGGUACUUGUUAUGAUAGGCAUGUGCUGGAUCGGUAUAUCAUGUUAG